AAUAUCAUUUGAGGAAGCAAAUUAUGUUGUUGGUGGUAUAGAGGCAAUGCACUCAGCAUUAGUACUAAAAUAUUACUAGAUGCCUGAUCUUACUUCUUCCGUAGUGACAUGAGAAUACUUAUUGAAUGUUGCAUUAGAAAAAUGCUUCAGAAUAGAUAAGAUAAUGUGAAAAUUGGAUAAUUUUUCAAAAAGGUAAGUAAGAUAAUGUUGUUUUCUGAGUUAGAGAAAAUAUCAACUUAGGAUUUACGCUUGAAAAAUUGCCUGAUAAAAAGUGGCUCACAAAUGUUCUUCACACAUUAAAUAGAGAAAAUAUUAUAUUUUAAAAAUAUUUUGAUUCAGAUAAGGUGAUUGGAAUUAUUAGGGACGAUCUAUAGUAUUUUUUGAAUAUAAAAAUCUUUGGAUACCUCAUUAGGACUUAAAAAAUAAAUCAAAUUUUUUUAAAGAACUCACUAAUAAGUUGAGGAAAGAAAAUAUAGAAUUUCUAAACAAAAACUACAGAAUAUACGAACAAAGUUAAAAAGAAAAAAAAUUGAAUAAGAAAAAAUUGAGUUAAAAAAAAGAGAUAUAUUAUUACACUAUAGAAUUAGAAUUAACCUUAAAGUUAAUAACAAUAAGAUAUAUUUAGAAAGCAAAAACAAUGAUUCUAUUUAUCAAUUUCAAAAACUUUAUAAUAAUUGUUUAAUUAUUAAAUAUAAAAAUGAAAGUGGAAAGACAAGAGAAAAAUCUAUGACAAUAAUUCAGAAGCAAAAGUAAAAGUAUAGAAUAACCUAAAAUUAUACGGGAAACAUAGGAGUUUUAGGAGCCAUAGGUCAAGAUGGUUUCAUUGCUUAUCAAGUUGUUCGAGGAAAUGUAAAUUCUAAUCUUUAUGCUUAACACUUAUUAGAAUUAAUAAAGAUUUCAAAAAUGCAUUAUCUGGAUUGUAACUUCCUUGUAAUAUUGGAAAUAGUCCCAUCCAUAAAAGUAAGAAAAUAAAAUCCCUUUUGGGAGCUGUUUCAUACUUGUUUUUGCCACCUUACUCACCAUAACUAAACCCAAGAGAAAGUAUGGAAUAGUUUCAAAAAAUAUUUUAAUAAAUAAAUUUUUCAAUAAUCAGAAAAAAUAUGA